AUGACUUUUAUUAUUUUCUUUUUCCUUUAUAUUUUGCAAUCAGUUGCAAUUCCACUUCAGUUAAGCAGUCCUUUAGAUGAUGACUUUUACACACUUCCUCAAGGUUACGAAGCAGCAGCUCCUGGUGAUAUUUUGAAAAUUCGACCAGCACCUGCCCAACUUUCCAGUCUAUUCAUUCCCGUCAAUGUUAAAAAUGUUUGGCAAUUGGUGGUGAGAUCUGAAGAUUCAUUUGGUCAACCAACAGCGUUUAUUACAACUAUCAUUGAACCAUUUAAUGCUGACCCAUCCAAAGUUGUUUCAUACCAAACAAUGGAAGAUUCGGCCAGCUUAAACUGUUCACCAUCAUAUGGUUUACAAUCGGGAUCACCAAUUUCCACAAUAGCAACCCAAUAUGAUAUGACAUUUAUGGUGACUGCCCUUGACCAGGGAUAUUAUGUUGCUAGUCCCGAUUACGAAGGGUUUAUUUCUGCAUUCACAGUAGGUAGAAGAUCAGGACAGGCCGUGCUUGAUUCUGUAAGAGCAGUAAUAAAUUCAGGAAACUUUACUGGGAUAAACAAUGAUGCUAAGGUAGGACUUUGGGGAUAUUCAGGCGGUGCAUUAGCAUCUGGUUGGGCUGCUGCACUUCAACCAUCAUAUGCCCCUGAAUUGAAAUCUACUUUAGUUGGUGCUUCUCUUGGAGGGUUUGUUACCAAUAUUACUGCUGUUGCAGAAAUUGUUGAUGGAGAAUUAUUUGCCGGAUUAAUCCCAGUGGCAUUGACUGGAAUCAGUAAUGAAUACCCUCAAGCCAAAGUACUCGUUCAAGAAAACGUUGCACCACAACAUUUAGCCAAGUUUAAUGAAGCUGGAAAUAAGUGUCUUAUUCCUUCAAUAUUUUACUUUUUCUUUGNCCAUAUUCUUACUGGAACAUAUACCAUGGUUCCUGCUGGUUUUUCAUUACUAGCAAACGGUCAAGUGAAAUCAAUAAUUGAGUCAAACUCUCUUGUUUAUUUAAAUUCCAGCUAUGUUCCUGAAAUUCCUAUAUUUGUCUACCAUGGUACAUUGGACAUGGUUGUUCCAAUCAAAGAUGUCUAUGUCACAUAUGACAACUGGUGUAAUUGGGGAAUUGGCUCAUUUGAAUUUGCUGAAGAUUUAUUGAAUGGUCAUCUUAGUGAACAAUUAGUUGGAGGACCUGCUGCAUGGACCUGGUUAGAUCGUUUACUCCAAGGAGGAAAACCAAUUAAUGGAUGUUCGCAUACAUCAAGAGUAUCAAAUUUGCUUUACCCUGGAAUUUCUGCAGCUACAAAAGAUUACUUUGAAGGGAUCAAAGAUUCAUUGUUGGAUAUGCAAUUAGGACCAGAAGCCAAGAAUAUGACCAUGAAAGAUAUAUUUAAUAAGUAUUAG